AUGAGUUCGAAUAAUCGUAUUCGCAAAGUAGGUUAUCUACGCAUCUUUUCUACUUUCAGACCAAACUUCUCCAUUACGAUGAGUAAAAGAGGAGCUUCUUCGACUACUGAACGGAAUAAAAAGCGAAGAAAAGUUACGCCAAGUGUGGAAAGUCGGGACGAAGUGACAUGCCUUGUUGACAACGUGGCAAAAGAGCUUCGCAAGAAUGCUGACCACAAGAGAAGUCAACCCAUGAAGAAAUACAUGAGAGACCAGUUUGAGUUCUUUGGUUUGAGUAGCCCUCUAAGGAGAAGCGUUUGCAAGGAAUUUCUCCAACAGAAGCUGAACUCUGAAGAUGUAAGAAGGUUUGCUACUCUUUUAUGGGAAAAGUCAGAACGCGAGUUCCAAUACUUUGCUGUUGAUUACCUCGCGAAAAACAUGGACACCUCGAAAGAAUUCGAAGCCAACAUGAGUUGCGUAGAAGGCUUAAUCACGACCAAGUCCUGGUGGGACACGGUAGAUAUUCUUGCUAGCAAAAUCAUCGGUCAACUUGUGAAGCAGCAUCGUGUUUUAGGAAAAGCUGUUAUGGAAGACUGGAUCAACCACGAGAACAUGUGGCUCAGAAGGACUGCCUUGCUGCAUCAGCUCUCUUUCAAGAACGACACGGAUGAAGAGAUGUUGUUUCGAUUCUGCAGCUCAAGGGCACACGAGGAAGAGUUUUUCAUCAGAAAGGCAAUUGGUUGGGCCCUGAGGCAGCAUGCUUACACUUCCAGCGCUAAUGUGAAAAAGUAUUUGUUGAAACACAAGAAAGAGUUGAGUUCCCUGAGCUUCAAAGAGGCUGCAAAACAUUUGAACCUUUAA